UUAUAGGUAAAACAUAAAUAUUUGCAAAAAAUAGGGGAAAAAAAUAAAAUUUUAAAUUAAUGAUUUAUAUUCACGCGUGUACACUAAAAUUAAGUUCGCGUGUGUGCUCUUUCGUUUUAUAAAAUAUCCAAAGGCUGAUGAAAUGUAUUGUACAUACACAGCUGAAAAAAAAAACAGCCAUUUUAACCGAACUCGCACCAGUAAUCCGUCAUUGUACGAAGACUCAGAGUUCAGUAUAGUUUUAAAGAAUAAGUUCGGUCGUUAUUGCUGGUGUCCCGCGUAAGCCGACCAAUUUUACGAGUCGCGACUUUACAGCAGAAACGACUGUGUUUUUUUUUUUUUUUUUUGUUCAGUGUACGAAUUCGGCGUUUUAUAGAUUAAAAGCAAGAAAUGAUAAGAAAGUAACGCCGCGUUAUAGAUUGCGCAAAUGCGUGCAGACUGAUCGAAAAGAUUAAAAAACGCAGAGAUGCGAUAAACCUUUCGUACACGAAGUGUGCAUAUGAAGUUUGGCCUUAUAAAUCGCGCCGAGGUGACUGCGGAUUUAAUUUUAUCGAUCCGUUUUUAAAGAGAACGCGGGACGAUCGAGCUGUAUAUAGUAUAUAUAAGAGGCCCGAUAUUCGAGGAGUCUUAACGCCGAUCUUCCGUGCAUAACGCCGCAUCGAUAUCAUCGAAAAAAUGUCGAAGCUACUCAUCGUAUCGAUUUGCGUCGUAGUCGCGAGUUGCGCUACGUCCGUCAAAAGAUACGACGAUUACAAAGUUUUUCAAAUCACACCGACAACCGAUUCGCAACUCGAUUCCUUGCGUUCUUUUAACAAUCGGCAGAACGAGGGGUACCAGUUCUGGAAGGAGCCGAGCAUCCGAUUUCGACCGACGUACCUGAUGGUUCCCCCAGACAAGCUUCAAGAUUUCAAGCGAAUGAUGAACCUUACUGAAAUCGAUUACCAGACCCGAAUCGAGAACGUACAGACUCUGGUCGAUCGAACUUAUCCCGCGAUCGAGUCCCGAUCCAAUACCGAUCUCUCCUGGGAUCGGUAUCACGCCUACGAGGAGAUCGACGCCUGGCUGGACCAGUUGGCCGCCGAGUACGACCAGGUCGAGGUUGUCGUGGGCGGAAAAACUCACGAAGAUCGUCUUAUCAAAGGAGUCAAGCUGUCCUGGGGCAAGAACAAUCCCGGAAUUUUCCUGGAGGCUGGUAUCCACGCGAACGAGUGGAUCGGACCGGCCACCGUCACGUAUCUGCUGAACGAGUUUCUCACCAGCAAAGACCCAAAGGUUCGUCGACUCGCCGAGGCUUACGACUGCAAAUCGCUAUUGGUUUAUCGUUAAUUUUCAACUUGACGUACGCGAAUAAGGAUCGAAUGUGGCGGAAGACACGAGUGCCAAACGACAAUGGCUGCUUCGGAG